CCGCUGCGUGCUGCGGGAGCCGCGCUGCGUGCUGCGGGGGGGCUGGCGUUCUCCUGUCCUGCCCCCGUCUCCUGCUGCUGUUGACCAGGGCUGCGGCUGCCGUGCCACAACCGAGCGCAGAGCCGUGGAGUGAGCCGGGCGGCACGGUGCCUGGCCGCUGGGGGAACGCUGGCGCUCGGAUUGUAACGGUGCCGCGGUGGGCAACGGGGCGCCCGCGGGCCCAGCGGGACCGGCUGCUGCGGGCACGUCCAGGCCUGACGGGGGGUGCGGGAGUCCUCGCCGGGAGUCACCCUCGGGCCCAGCAGGGGGCGCUGCAGCUGGAGGCCGCGUCAGCGGGAGCCGCUCUGCACGCCCGGCCGGGCCGGCUCCGCGCCGCCCCUGGUUCCCGCCGGGCGCUGAGCGGCCCCGCCGGCCGCCGCCGCCGCCAUGGUGAAGGAGCAGUUCAGGGAGACGGAUGUGGCCAAGAAAAUAAGCCACAUCUGUUUUGGCAUGAAAUCUCCAGAGGAGAUGCGUCAGCAAGCUCACAUUCAAGUGGUUAGCAAAAACUUGUACAGCCAGGACAACCACCACUCCCCGCUGCAAUACGGAGUACUCGAUCAUCGCAUGGGAACCAGUGAAAAAGACCGACCCUGUGAAACCUGUGGAAAAAAUCUAGCUGAUUGUUUAGGACAUUAUGGGUACAUUGACUUAGAACUGCCGUGUUUUCACGUUGGAUACUUCAAAGCUGUGAUAGGCAUCUUACAGAUGAUCUGCAAAACUUGUUGCCAUAUCAUGCUGUCAGUGGAAGAAAAAAAGCAAUUUUUGGAUUACCUGAAACGACCUGGCCUGACUUAUCUUCAGAAAAGAGGGCUGAAAAAGAAAGUGUCUGAAAAGUGCCGAAAGAAAAACACUUGUCCUUACUGUGGUGCCUUUAAUGGAACUGUGAAGAAGUGUGGUUUGUUGAAAAUAAUACAUGAAAAAUACAAGACCAAUAAGAAAGUGGUAGAUCCAGUAGUAUCUACUUUUCUCCAGUCCUUUGAAACUGCCAUAGAACAUAACAAAGAAGUAGAACCCUUACUGGGGAGAGCUCAGGAAAACUUGAAUCCAUUAGUAGUAUUGAACCUCUUUAAAAGAAUCCCAGCAGAAGACAUUCCUCUGCUUCUAAUGAAUCCAGAAGCAGGCAAGCCUUCAGAUUUGAUCCUCACACGACUUUUAGUGCCUCCUCUGUGUAUCAGACCCUCUGUCGUGAGUGAUUUGAAAUCUGGCACCAAUGAAGAUGACUUGACGAUGAAAUUGACAGAGAUAAUUUUCCUCAAUGACGUAAUAAAAAAGCAUAGGAUAUCAGGAGCCAAAACACAGAUGAUUAUGGAAGACUGGGACUUUCUUCAACUGCAGUGUGCUCUGUACAUUAACAGUGAGCUCUCGGGAAUUCCUCUCAACAUGGCACCUAAAAAAUGGACCAGGGGUUUUGUUCAGAGACUUAAAGGAAAGCAAGGUCGGUUUAGAGGCAAUCUGUCUGGAAAGCGAGUGGAUUUCUCUGGCCGAACAGUAAUUUCACCUGAUCCUAACUUAAGAAUAGAUGAAGUAGCAGUGCCUAUCCAUGUUGCUAAAAUACUAACCUUUCCUGAAAAGGUGAACAAAGCAAAUAUUAAUUUUAUGAGGAAACUUGUCUGUAAUGGUCCUGAUGUCCAUCCUGGAGCCAACUUUAUACAGCAAAGGCACACACAGAUGAAAAGAUUUUUGAAAUAUGGAAACCGAGAAAAGAUGGCCCAGGAGCUGAAGUUUGGUGAUGUUGUGGAGCGACAUCUUAUAGAUGGUGACAUAGUCCUGUUCAACCGACAACCCUCUCUUCAUAAGUUGAGCAUUAUGGCUCACAUUGCUAGAGUAAAACCUCAUAGGACGUUCAGAUUUAAUGAAUGUGUCUGUACACCAUACAAUGCAGACUUUGAUGGAGAUGAGAUGAACCUUCACCUUCCUCAGACAGAAGAAGCAAAAGCAGAAGCACUUGUUUUAAUGGGGACUAAAGCAAAUCUGGUAACACCAAGAAAUGGAGAACCCCUUAUUGCUGCUAUUCAAGAUUUCCUCACAGGUGCCUAUCUUCUUACAUUAAAAGAUACCUUUUUCGAUAGAGCCAAAGCCUGUCAAAUAGUUGCUUCUAUUCUGGUUGGCAAGGAUGAAAAGAUUAAAGUUCGUCUUCCACCUCCAGCAAUUCUGAAGCCUGUAACACUCUGGACAGGGAAACAGGUUUUCAGCCUCAUUCUCAAACCCAGUGAUGAUUGUCCUGUAAAAGCCAAUCUGCGAACCAAGGGCAAACAGUAUUGUGGCAAAGGGGAAGACCUGUGUUACAAUGAUUCUUAUGUCACAAUUCAAAACAGUGAGUUAAUGAGUGGCAGCAUGGACAAAGGAACUUUAGGUUCAGGUUCCAAGAACAAUAUCUUUUACAUCUUGCUGAGAGACUGGGGACAGGUAGAAGCUGCAGAUGCCAUGUCACGACUAGCCAGACUUGCUCCUGUGUAUCUUUCUAAUCGUGGAUUUUCAAUUGGAAUUGGUGAUGUAACUCCUGGGCAGGGCCUGCUAAAAGCUAAAUAUGAGCUCCUGAAUGCUGGCUAUAAGAAAUGUGAUGAGUAUAUUGAAGCUUUGAACACUGGCAAGCUACAACAGCAGCCUGGCUGUACUGCAGAGGAGACACUAGAGGCCUUAAUCCUUAAAGAACUCUCUGUUAUCAGAGAUCAUGCUGGCAGUGCCUGUCUCAGAGAACUGGACAAGAGCAACAGUCCCCUUAUCAUGGCUCUCUGUGGUUCUAAAGGCUCCUUCAUUAAUAUAUCCCAGAUGAUUGCCUGUGUUGGUCAGCAGGCUAUCAGUGGGUCCCGAGUUCCUGAUGGAUUUGAGAACAGAUCCUUGCCUCACUUUGAGAAGCAUUCUAAGCUCCCAGCAGCAAAAGGCUUUGUUGCUAAUAGCUUCUAUUCUGGAUUGACUCCUACUGAGUUUUUUUUCCAUACAAUGGCUGGUCGAGAAGGUCUGGUUGACACAGCUGUAAAAACAGCUGAAACUGGAUAUAUGCAGAGGCGGCUGGUAAAAUCACUUGAAGACCUUUGCUCACAGUAUGAUUUAACAGUCAGAAGUUCUACUGGUGACAUUAUACAGUUUAUUUAUGGAGGAGAUGGCUUGGAUCCUGCAGCCAUGGAAGGGAAGGAUGAACCACUGGAAUUCAAGCGUGUUCUAGACAAUAUCAGAGCUGUAUAUCCAUGCCGAAGUGAACCAGCCCUUAGUAAAAAUGAAUUGGUGUUAACAUCUGAGUCCAUCAUGAAGAAGAAUGAAUUCCUUUGCUGCCGAGACAGUUUUCUGCAGACAUUAACUGAGACAGGUUAUGAAAAAUAUAAUGAGGAAAUUAAAAAAUUCAUCAAAGGUGUUUCUGAGAAGAUAAAAAAAACUAGGGACAAGUAUGGCAUUAAUGACAAUGGUACAACAGAGCCACGAGUUUUAUAUCAGUUGGAUAGGAUUACUCCAACACAACUAGAAAAGUUUCUAGAGACUUGUAGGGACAAAUACAUGAGGGCACAGAUGGAGCCUGGUUCUGCAGUAGGAGCUCUUUGUGCACAGAGUAUUGGUGAGCCUGGCACACAGAUGACUCUGAAGACUUUCCAUUUUGCUGGUGUUGCUUCGAUGAACAUUACUUUGGGUGUGCCAAGAAUCAAAGAAAUCAUUAAUGCUUCAAAGGCAAUUAGCACCCCUAUUAUAUCAGCACAGUUGGACAAAGAUGAUGAUCCUGAUUUUGCCCGUCUGGUUAAAGGAAGAAUUGAGAAAACCUUGUUAGGAGAGAUUUCAGAAUAUAUUGAGGAAGUGUUUCUUCCAGAUGAUUGUUUCAUCCUAGUGAAGCUGUCUUUAGAGCGUAUUAGACUACUGAGAUUAGAGGUGAAUGCAGAGACUGUGCGUUACUCUAUUUGCAUAUCUAAACUCAGAGUAAAGCCUGGGGAUGUUGCUGUCCAUGGAGAAGCAGUUGUGUGUGUGACCCCCCGUGAAAACAGCAAGAGUUCAAUGUAUUAUGUAUUGCAGUCCCUGAAGGAAGAACUUCCCAAGGUUGUAGUGCAAGGUAUACCAGAGGUUUCCCGAGCUGUCAUUCAUAUUGAUGAACAAAGUGGAAAGGAAAAAUACAAGCUUCUAGUUGAAGGUGAUAAUCUGCGAGCUGUUAUGGCUACUCACGGAGUGAAAGGAACAAAAACAACCUCUAACAACACUUAUGAGGUAGAGAAGACCCUAGGAAUUGAAGCUGCUCGGACAACCAUUAUCAAUGAGAUUCAGUAUACAAUGGUGAAUCAUGGUAUGAGCAUUGACAGGAGACAUGUUAUGUUGCUGUCUGAUCUAAUGACGUACAAGGGUGAAGUGCUGGGCAUUACUAGGUUUGGACUGGCAAAAAUGAAAGAAAGUGUGUUGAUGUUGGCUUCAUUUGAAAAGACUGCAGACCAUCUAUUCGAUGCUGCCUACUUUGGGCAGAAGGAUUCUGUUUGUGGUGUUUCUGAGUGCAUAAUCAUGGGAAUUCCCAUGAAUAUUGGAACAGGACUUUUUAAACUGUUGCACAAAGCAGACAAAGAAUCAACCCCUCCUAGGAGGCCCCUGAUAUUUGAUAAUAAUGAAUUUCAUAUUCCUAUUGUUACAUAGUGUUUGGACAUAAUACAAUAUAGCAAAACAAUAAAAUAUCAAGAAGACAUUUAAAUGAAGAAAUGUGUAUUGUCAGUUCUGUGUGUCUCAAUAACUGAGUUGGUAAGUGAAAUAUUAUUAAAAGCAUUGCUCACUUGUUUACCACAUGUUGUUAGUACAGACCCCCCAAAGGAGAGUCUUCUCUGCACCAGACAGUGGAAAUGAAGUGGAUUUCAGAUUAUAUUUUGCUUUUCAUGUGCUAGAAUUAGACCUUUGUGUUAAUUUUAAUGGGUGGAAGUUGUUACUAACUCAGUAUUACACACAUAUAGUCAGAUUUAAUUAAAAAAAGAAGAACUAACUGCAAGAGAGCUGCAUGCUUGGAUAGAGUGUAUUUGGAAAUUGCCUUUCAACAGGAGCUGCGGAGGUCAGUUUAUAGCUGCUAAGAACAGACUUCAGAAAUCUAGAACUGGGUCUCUGACUAAUUCAUACUGAGUUAAACGUCAGGAGCGCUAUUGGAAAUGUAGGAAAUACUUGCUCUGUUUCAUGUGGGUUUUUUAAUGGGUUUUCUUUUAUUCCAAGUUAUUACCCAAUGAAUUAUUUUCCUCCCCAGGACUUUGCUUUGGGAUGUACCUGCAAGAAACUGCAGGUUAUAAAGCUGUUGCUAAGCUUUCAGAAGGCUGUUUUUGUAAUUUGUCAUGUUCUUACUAGCUUUUCAUAUUGUAGCAGCUGUUAUACUGCUGGAAUCUGUAAAUAACAGCAGUGUUAGUUUUAGGAAGAUUUCAUAAUUGACCAGGAUCAUGUCAACAACCUAGUUUUAUUUUAAUACGUAAAGUGGAAAUAGAAAGGGCUGUUUUCAAGAAUUGCCACUAAAUAAUUUUUAAGUCUUUUUAUUUUUAGCUCACUACAACUGUUUUCAGAAUGAAUAUAAGUUGUAAAUUAUUUCUGUGUAGUAUUAAAUUUCUUUGGGUGCAAAGGAAAGGAGGUAUCUCAGUGUUUUCUUGUCAGCAGUGUUUAGAUAUUUGCUGUGCUUAUACCAUGGGCCAAGGCUGGAGAGAAACAAAAUAGAGAGUAAAGCUGAAGUUGUGCACUUGUGAAGUAAAAGCAGGCUGUGGAAUGAUCUAGCAUUUGAAAUUGAAUGGGUUUGUGCUGCAGUUUGUCUUUAUGUAGCAACUGAAAGAAAUGUGUAAGGCUGCAUUCAAAGAAUGUAUUUAUGUUGGUUUAAGUCUUAAGGUGCCACUGUUUAUUUUUUUUUUUUUUAAUAAUCCUCCAUACAGGGAAGACCUGAUGUAAAAUUCAACAAACUGUUCUUAAAUUAUUUUGUAUUUUCAGUGUGAUAGUAAGAUACACUGUUUCCUAGAAUUUGGCAGGAUGAAGACUGAGAAUGUGUUGUGUUUGGUAACUGCUCUAGAAGCCAUAUAUAUUUUGAUAUCUCCCUUUUAACAACAGAAAUUGCAGAAUAAAUUAGAGUUUACUUUGUGAUCUCAA